GUCGGUAUUAUUAGCUAGAAGCUGCUACCAGUUUCCACUACGACGUAAUGGUUUGUCCACAUCUGGCACGUUGUUCACAUGUCAUAUAAAAAUCAACAGUGUUUCGUUGAAACAGGUUUUAUUUUUAUCCCACGAUGGCCUGGGUUAAAGCUGUUUCGAACAAUGGAGACGAUGUCUUCGACGAGAGUGGGGACGACAUUACUCUGCUCAGCAAAGAGUGGACAUCCAACAUGAAGAAGCGCGUCAGGGACGGUUUUGUGGAUGGAGCUGAUGCAGGGGAGGAUGCUUGUCUUCAGGAUGGUUUUAACCUUGGGUACAGGGAAGGAGCAGCUCAGACUGCAGCUGUGGGCCGGCUCAAAGGAAUUGUAAGUGCUAUAUGUUGUUGGUGCCAGAUCCGGCAUCCGGAAAGCCCCGUGCCGGCCUCUGUGACCGACCUUCUGAAGCGGAUAACACAGCAUGAAGACACAAUCGUGGCAGGCAUCAAGUACGCUUUAGAGCACCCUCCUCCCAGUGUGAGCGACGUCUCGGAGAGCAUGGAGGAUCUGGAGGUUAAGGAAGGAGGAUGUAAGGAAACAAACUGCGGUGGAGGAGGAGAGAAAAUGGACGUGGAUGCUUCGCCACAGCAGCGAAAGCCAUGUUCGGCGUCCACUGACUGCUCCUCCAGCUCAAGUGGAGGCCUGAACCACCUCCUGUCGCUCUGCGUGGAUGUGGUGUCAGAGCUCGGGCUGCCGCAGGAGCUGACCGGUCACAUCCAGGAGCUGUGGGAAAUGUAGUGGUUGAAGCACAGGGAGCAGAAUCACCACAUGAAACUGUGAAACGAAUCAACUUUUAGUGGAAACUUACGAAGAACAGAAUGAAGUAUUUUUGAUGUGUAUAAUAUAAAACACAUUUUUGCAUCCCAUUUUUGUACGAUAAGGUUGAAGAAUAUUUGAAAAUAAAAGUGGAGUUGAUGUAGUUAACUGCA